CCUGAGCGGUGAGAAUGUUGUUUUUUGUUUGAAAAAUGAUUAUCCAGUCAAUUUGUUUGUUAAUUUUAUCAAAAUUUGUUCAUUCUGGUGUGGCUCCCAAAGUGACAAGAUUUCAUAAUGAAAUUAUUCAACCAAAAGAUUCAUCUUUUGUUCUGAAUUGUGCUGCAUAUAUUGGAUCUCACCCGUUACGAUUUCGAUGGAUGAAGAAUGGUUUAACCAUUGAUAAACAAUCGAUGCACUUAGAUCGAAUUCAAAUUGAAACAAAACACGAUUAUUCUUUUCUUAAAAUAUCAAAUAUUGAAUUGAAUGAUUCGGGCAAUUAUUCUUGUACGGUUAUCAAUGAUGAUGGAUUCGAUGCACAAUGGUCAUUACUUCAAGUUCAAGACUUUACAUUUGUUCUGAUCACACGAAAUUCAUUCAGAAUGUUGAAUUUGGUUUUCAAAUUUUUUGUUUUGUUUAUCUGGAUUUUAUUGCAGAUUUUAUCUGUUCACAGUGAUGAAUCUCCAGUUCUUGCUAAACUUUAUUCGAAAAAUGAACAAACCAAAGGUUCAGAUAUUGUGUUGACUUGUAAUGUUGCCAAAGGCAGUAAACCAUUUCGGUUCCAAUGGUUUAAAAAUGGUGUUGAAUUAUCCAAUACUGGACAAUCGACAAUCGAAACUAAAGACAUUUUUUCCCUCUACACAUUAAGAAAUAUUGAUUCAAAUGAUCGUGGAAAUUAUUCCUGUGUUGUCACCAAUAAAUUCGGUUUCGAUAAACUUUGGAUUCAACUAACCGUCACAGUUCCACCUAGCUGGAUCAAAGAGCCGAAAGACGUGAAUCUGCGUAUGGGUGAAGAAUAUUCCGUGGAAUGUUUGGCCGAUGGUCUACCGAAACCGAAAAUCAAAUGGAUUACACCGUCAGGUAAAACGAUCGAAAAUGAAAUUCUGGAUCUGAGUAAAUUGAUCAAAAAUGAAAAAAAUGGUCGACAAACAUUGACAUUCGAAUGUGUGGCUGAUAAUGGCAUCGGUGAGGCAUUACGGAAAAGUAUCACCAUCUCUUAUAAUGUACCGGCGAGAUUUGAUGAAAAAUACAGUUCAUUACAAGCGAAAAAAGGUGAUAUAAUUGUCAUGAAAUGUAACGCUACCGGUGAUCGACCGAUCACAAUACGUUGGACAAAAGAUGGAAUUAAAUUGGACCGGUUGAGUCAUCAUUAUGAAAUGACGGAUUUCUCCACCAGUCAAGGUGUCAUUUCUGAACUAUCUAUUCGACCUGUGCAGAAAAGUGAUGGCGCAAUAUAUAAAUGUGACGCUGAAAAUGAGCAUGGUCGUGAUGAUCGAACCAUAAAAUUGUCAGUGGUAGAAGAACCAAGCUCACCGGUUAACGUUAAAAUCAAUGAAGUAUGGUCACGUUCAGCCAGUGUUUCAUGGCGUCAUCCUCAGAACGGUAAUUCACCUGUCACCCGAUAUCUGAUACAUUAUUGGCGUCGACAAAGUGCUCCGCAUCGAUUGCAUGAAGUAAAUGUUAGCAGUUCGCAGACAUCGUAUUUGAUCAAAAAUCUCAAUCCUGGAUUGUCCUAUGAGUUGUCCGUUAUUGCCGAAAACGAGGUUGGACGUAGUCAACCAUCGGAAACGGUGCCAUUUUUUACUGGUGAAGAGGAACCAAGUGCACCACCGAAUGAUAUAAAUGUCGAACCAAAAGGACCGACUACGAUUCGGAUUACAUGGCGUGCACCACCAAAAGAAUUCUGGAAUGGCCUGAUCAAAGGUUAUUAUGUUGGUUUUCGAAAAGCCGACGAUACAAAUACAGCUUAUACAUUGAAAUCCAUUGAUUCCAAAUACACGGAAGCCAAUCAAAUCGAAAGUGAAGUUUAUGAAUAUUUUCUACGCGACCUAUCGCGUGGUACGGAGUAUGAAAUCGUUAUCAAAGCCUAUAAUAUGGCCGGUAGUGGACCACAAUCUCAUGUAUUGCUGGCACGUACACUUGAUGGUGAUCUACCACCUGCACAACACCUAAUUGCAACGGAAACGACGACAAAUUCAAUUUCAUUACGAUGGCAUCAACGAGAUAAUCGGGAUUCGAUCAGCUCAAUCAUCAGCUAUACGUUACAAUAUCAAAAAGAAGGUGAACCAAAAUGGCAUGAAAUACCAUUUAGUUCGUUGGCAACAUCAGCUCCAUCGAUCGAACAAUCAUCGAUGCCAAUCUAUACGCAUACAUUGGUCAAUCUGGAAAGUGGCACUAAUUAUCGAAUAUUUGUGACGGCUGUUAAUCGUUUCGGUUUCUCUGAUCCAAGUAAUAUUGUCAACACUAAAACUAUUGGAGAACGAUUGAAUUUCCAAGGAAAACUGAUGAACCACUACUAUGAAAGUCCAUAUUAUAUGCAACCAGAAUUCACUAUUCCAAUACUGACCGCAUUCGUAAUCGUAGUCAUCAUUAUAGUCGUAGCAUAUGUCUGUAUACGUCGUGCAAAACAUCGAGCAGCUGCCAGUAGUCUUAUCCUAGAGAGUGCAAGUAAACAAUUUACCGGAUAUAAUACGGCGCCAAGAUAUGCUGAUUUUGAUAAAGUCAGUGGCAAACCACUAAUAAUGACCGAACAAGGCAAUAUAUUUCCGACUGCAUAUGCUACAAUGCCACUGGAUGAAAAUAUGCAGCCAUGGACAGGAGAAAUGAAAAAAGAUUCGCAUAUUUAUGAUCAUCCGCAAUAACCAAUGGCUGUCAAACAAAUUCCACUUUUUUCUGUUUAUUAUGUCUCAAAAUAGUUGCCGAUUCAAUUGGAUUUCAUCUUGUGCCACGACGAAAGACACACAAACACACAUCGAAUACUCAAACUUUCUCAAAUAGAACAAAUACUCAAAUCCACACCCAAAAAACAAAAUAUUCUUGAACUAUAUACAAUAUUUUCUUUGGUCUAACUCUAUCUUCUGUCUGUAAUUCUGGAUUCUCUUUCUUAUUGACUGAUUCCCUAAUCUAGUUUUUUUUGGUUUCUGUUUCAAAUAGUCAAUACAAUUGAUCUCAUUCGAAUGCAUAACACACAUCUUGGCCUAAUUCCAUAUUUCAAACAUACAAUUCAAUCAGAUAGUCGUGAUUUUUUUUGUUUUAAUUAUAAAAUGAAAUUUAAUUUAAUUAA